AGUCACCUAACAUCGUGGCAGCGAUCGUAUAAAAAUGAACACUUGCCCUUGGAAUCGACCAUCUCCACUGCAAAGAUGCCUUUUGCCUUGCUGCUCCUCAUUUGUGGAAUAAGCGGACCGGUCACUGGGGCUUGGGCCCAGGCUGGAUCAACAUCAAAAAGUGAUAGAUGCCCAGAGGGCUGGACUCAGUUGAACAAUCGCUGUUACAUCUACAAAAAUGAAUCUUUGACGUUUGAGCAUGCAGAGUGCGCUUGCAAACUUCUCGGUGGGAAUCUGGUGUCCAUCCGUACUAAUCUGCAAAGUGUUGUGGUUAAUGAGCUCAUUGACGCGCCUGUCAACGUAAGCGGCGUCUGGAUUGGACCCUCCAACAUCGAGGACAAAACAAUAUGGACUGAUGAAGCUUCCGGCGAAUGGCCCGACGUGGGCUGUUUAGAGAUUCAGACAAAUGGGCUUGCAUGGGAUUUGACCAAUUGCAAUACAAGACAGCCCUAUGUUUGUGCCAGAGAUGUGUUGCAGUGUGUAUCGAUUUGCAAAGGAGACCAAACGUGGCACUGAGGAAGCUGUCGCCGUGCUGCAACAUAAUAUGCAAAUUGAAAUUUGAAUUGCUUGAUGUGAUGACCCAAGAAUGUCCAUUUUAUUUUAUCAACACACCUUGAAACGCUUUAAAAUUGCAUGUCUCCUUUAUUUGUUUUGUGAUUUUUAUUUUUUUCAUCUUUACAUUGUCAAGUAGUUAAAAUCCAGGGAGGA